AUGUUUAGACAUAGGGAGAACCUAAUAUCUAACGAAGAGUUGGAGUACUUGGCAGAGGAAACCAUGAUAACAAUCCGACCAACAAAAAACCUUCCACACAUCAAGUUAAUAACCUGUUCAAUAGGACCUGCUCUUGCCAAUCAAGAAAUUACAAUUCCUUUGUGGGCAGCUAUUCAUCUCAAAAAAUUGAAUCAAUGUAAAAUAAUAAUACCCGAAUGGCUUCAAGUUUCCUGGCUAGAGGAGGCAUCAGUAAAGUCAUCUGUUAGUCACCAAUUUUAUCCAAUGCCAAAUCACUUUUUAGAAAUAGGAUAUCUUUUAUUGAAAAUGAGUGCCAAAAAUGAUUUUGAAGAGAAUCCAGAAGAAAUUUCAUCUCUCUUAAAAACUAUUGAAGAUAAAAGAAGAGAUAAUCUGACGGAUGGUCUGACUAAAGGUCUGGCAGAUGUUGAAGCAGAAGAUUACUUCCCGGGCUAUUCUUUUACAAGUUUGACAGCUAUGGAAAUUAACAGAUUACGUUCAGCAUGCUCUGCUAUUCUUUCCAAAAGAGAUAAAUAUUAUAGAACAUCGAUAGUGACACAGCAAGAUAAUUAG